UCCUCUCUUUCUCACUCACUCUUUCCACUCUGUUCACCACCAAAUUUACAUCUCCGCCUACAGACCACCGGUGCACUUUCGACUCGCCUUGACUCUGAGCGGUCUGCGUGCAUCCUCGGCUGCUUGCCUGGUGCUCGUCUUGUUUCUCAUUGGCGCGUCUUUACGUAUCCCUUUCCCAGUCUCACUGGUAGUCUCUCUCACAUCCUUUGUCGGCUUUUCCCUUCUCACAACACUAAUCACUCAACCUGAGACAACACACCACAACACAACACACCGGCCACCUCAUCACACCACGCAACUGAUGGAUUCGUCGCGUCGCGCACCGGCCAAAAAUGGCUCAACUAAUAGCUCUGCUACUACCAGAAAGCCCAGCGCCAGAGUCAAGAACGUGGUCGAUUAUGAUGAGAAGCGGGCUUUUGUAGAACUCACCGAGGAGGUCAAUCCGAAGGCGAACAAUCCGGGCUUGAGCGAGCUCGAGGAACGCGUUAACGAUCUCAGCGAGUCGUGGGAGACGGAGUCUCUUUUCCAGGAUGCUCUCGAAGACCUGGCUGAGGAUCGCUUCUUCACCGAUGAUCCCGAAGCCUGCACUGCGGACGAAGCCACUAAGUUUCGCCAACUCCUGCGCUCUGUCGGUCCCACCGUGUUUUGUGAGAGGACCAUCGGCUCCGGCUUGAUCAGCGCCAAGAAACUACUCACUGCCUUUGGCAUCCGUCCGCCCGCCUUUCUCGACGGCGCCGACGAUGAAGCUUACUACUCUUUACUGAGCCUCGCCCUCAGCCGUGAGCUUUCCAAGCGGGCCAAGUUGCCCAAGUACAACUCGGUUGACGACGCGGUCGACCUUCUCAAGAAGUCCAAGAACAUCGUCGUCCUCACCGGCGCCGGUAUCUCUACCUCGCUCGGCAUCCCUGACUUUCGCUCCAAGGGCACCGGUCUCUACUCCAAGCUCGAGCACCUCGGUCUCAACGACCCGCAGGAGGUCUUUGACAUCACCGUCUUCCGCCAGGAUCCGACCAUCUUCUACUCGGUCGCGCGGGACAUCCUCCCCAGCCAUAACCGCUUCUCGCCAACGCAUGCCUUCAUCGCGCUGCUCCAGAACCAAGGCAAGCUCCUCACCAACUACUCCCAAAACAUCGACAACCUCGAGGCGAAAGCCGGCAUCCUCCCGGACAAGCUCGUCCAAUGCCACGGCUCCUUCGCGACCGCCUCCUGCGUCAAGUGCGGCCACCGCGUCCCCGGCGAGUCGCUCUUCCCCGAGAUCAAGGCGGGCGACAUCCCGCGGUGCCGCAAGUGCGCGCAGGGCAGCCGCACGACGUCCAACAGCAGCGGCACCAACUCGCGCAAGCGCAAGGUGCAGCGGGACGGGACGGAAAAGAAGCCGCGGCGGCGGCCGGGCGACUACGACUCCAACUCGGACUCGGAGUUCGACACGCCGACCAACUGGUCGUGCGGCGUCAUGAAGCCCGACAUCACCUUCUUCGGCGAGCCGCUGCCGGACGAGUUCUCGCGCCGCCUGACCGAGCACGACCGCGACCGCGUCGACCUCGUCAUCGUCAUCGGCACCAGCCUCAAGGUGGCGCCCGUCAGCGAGGUCGUCCCCUUCCUCCCCGCCCACGUGCCCCAGCUCUACAUCAGCCGCACCCCCGUCUCCCACGUCAACUUCGACAUCGACCUGCUCGGCGACUGCGACGUCGUCGUCGCCGAGCUCUGCCGCCGCGCCGGCUGGGAUCUCGAUCAUGAGAUGGUCCCCGACGGCCAGGUCGUCGAGACUACCCUUUCUGAGGGCUGGGCCAGCCGCCAUGUCUUUACCCAGGUUGUGCCGGCGGCGGCAGCAGCAGCAGCGGUUGAUGAGAAGGGAGCGGGGGAGGAGAAGGCUGAGGCCAAGGCGGCUAAGGCUGCGGCUGCGGCUGCGGCUAAGGCGGAGGAGAAGGGGAGGGAGGAGAAGGAGAAGGAGAGGAAGGAGGGCGAACAGCAGAAGAAGGAUGAGAGGAGAGAGAGGAGGGAGAGGAGGUCGAUGUGAAAAACCAUCCAUCCCGUCCCCGUCCAUGGCUUUAUUUCUCUGCUUUACUUCGCACAGCACACAGCAUGGUGCUGCUGUUGCUGGGCCUGGCGUUGGUUGUUCCUCCUCCUCAUUUUCCUACCCUCUUUUCUCUUUCUCUUUUUUUACCCCCCUUCGGCAAGAGGCAUGCAUGAUACCCUGUUUUGUCUUCUUUUUUUCCCCUUCUUUCCUCGUCCCACCGCAUAGCACCGCAC